AUUUCGAUUCACUCAUGGGAAGCAGUGAGUGCGUUGAAGAAGACAUGGAUUACGAUUAUCUGCUCAACUACAUUAUCAUCGGAGACUACGGUAGCUGCUUCCUGUGGAAGCUGAAUCAUACAUAUUAUCUAUAAUUUAGGUUUUUUCUUUUUUUUUUUUUUUGGCGGGUAAUUUUUUUGAUCGGGGUUGAACUUGAGUUGAGCAGGCGUAGGGAAAUCGUCGUUCCUUUGGCGAUUAAAGGGAAAAAGAGUUUGGAGGAGACGCGUGCCCGAUCUCCGGUUGGAUUGCAGUUACUUUCAUCUUCACUAUCUCGACGUUGAGGGCAGACCCUUCAAGUUCCGCAUUGGGAAUUUUGAGAGAGACAUUUAACCGCAUACCAAGCUUGGUGGAGGAGGCUCGGCAAUUUUCAAAGCCCGACAUUACAAUCAUGCUCGUGGGAAACAAGUGUGACCUUGAGAACGAGAGGGCUGUCAGCAAGGAAGACGGUGAACAAUUUGCAGAGGCAAAAUGGUCUGGUCUCUUAUUUGUGGAGGUGUCUGUUGCAACAACUCGAAUGUUGAGGAGGUGGGUAACCAACCACCCCCCCUCCCACCCCGCACACAACACACACAAAUCUUGAUUUGGGAAUGGUAUUUUAUUAGUUCAUAUUAAUUAUGACUCAAUAGUAUUCUUAAAGGCCUUCAUGAGGACUGCUGCAAUCGUCCUUCAGAAUCUUCAUGCCAGUAUCAUUGAUGCACAAAAUUUGUUGUUGUCACACUUAACCAAGUAUGGACAUUAUUUGUUUGAAAUGAUUGCAGUAAUCUAGCAUCAUCAAGGCAGGAGGGGAAAUUAUUUGCAACUCAAUGUUAAAGAGUACAUCUUCAAGUUUACUAUGGAGAGAAUAUUGAGAAGAGAGAUGUGUAAAGAAAAGUGAGGAUGAUAUGAUAUUUGGAAUGAGGUGGAUGGAAGAAGCUUCCCCUUUUUUUUUUU